AUGGCCUUCAACCCCGCCGGGAAGCGCAAACCCCCAUUCUCAGGGAACCAGUUCGACUCUGCCGCAGCUCGCAAACGUGCCAAAACCUACGAUGCCCGCUCCCUCGCGGUCCAGUCGGCCGACGCCGCCCUCUCCGCAUCGGGCGAGCUUGAUGUCGCUGCCUAUGUCGACGCGAGAGAAUUCGAGAUCUGUGCCCUCGAGGUUGGUAUGCAGCGGUCGAAGUCGGCCUUGAGUAGCCGUGCGUUUCAAAAGGUGCCUCGUUCGUUGCGGAGGAGGACCGCCAGCCACAAUGUGAAGCGAGUCCCGAGUAGACUGCGGGCAAGGGCAAAGCGGGAGAUGAUCGAGGACAACACACCCACAGUAACCGCACGACGACGAAAACCGACGGAGCUUAUGCGCAUUCGUCUCGAGUCCGCCCGACGUCUCCAGAGACUCAAUUCCAAAACCAAAGCGAAACGAGCAGCUUUGAAAGUGAAGCAGGAUAAGGAAACCAAGAAGAAACUGGAAGCGAACGGCAGCCAUACAUACAAUAUUGCACCGCGGAUUCCGAAGAUCAAGAAAAAUAAACUCUCUCGCCCGCCUACACCGGAAUCAAAAUACAAGAAGCGCCAGCGAGGAAAGACGUGGCUUCCAACACAUAUGUUUCAUGCAAAACGUGCCAAAAUGACGUCCCCAAAGGAGCCGCUGUGGCGGUUUGCGGUUCCCUUGUCGCCGACUGAGAAGAGCUACAGACCUUCUCACCGAGCGAGAGGGGCUAGAGGUGCUAUUGCCUGGGAUAUGAGUUACAUGUCUACGAUUCAGCUAGAGGGCACAGAAGACGCCUUGGGGAGCGUGCUUAGGGCUGUUGGAGUCGAUGGGCCUGAGGCGUGGGGAGUCAAGGGGAAGAAAUGGAGAGCGGGGACGCGAAGUUUAUCUGCUUGGACUUUUGAGCGUGAUGGCAAACGGAGACCUAUUGCGCCGGUUACUCUGGUUCGGUCUGCCGAGCAAAAGUCGGAAGACGUGGAGAUGGUUGAUGUCGACGACAAGAAAGCAAGUAAAAAGGAUAGAAAGAAGCUUUUUGUCAGGGUACAUCCGUCUGCAUUCCUCCAGCUGUGGAAUGAAAUUCUUGAGGUUUCGAAGAGACAGAGCCCGCCUGUGCUGGUUGAAGAUCUCCGUUUUGAAAUUGGCAGUAUUGAUAUCACUGGACCAGGAUCAACGGAAGCACUUAUUUCUGUCUUGAAGCCACUGACCAGUGGCGGAAAAGAGCCCCAAACAGACAGCCCAGAAAAUACCUGGACAUCCCUUCUCGGGGUUUCAAACUCUUCAUCUCUUCCCCAAAAUGCGCUUCUUGCUUUUUCUAUAUCCGACCCUCGUCUCCAUUUCCCACCGAAGCGCCUUGAGCCCCCCUCAUCUGAGACGCAGAUGAAUGACCUAGCUAUCUUGCUGUCUUCAUGGCCUGUUGAUAGAACACAGGGCUCGUCAGCUCUUUUUGAACGUCCAGCACGCUUGGCUGCCGCUCGUCAAUUGCCCAGUCAGAAAGCCAUCAACCGACGUCGCAGUUCAGCUUUACCGGGUACAUAUCCACCACCCGAAGAUUCUGACCCACAGAUCCCAGUGAUGGUCCUCGCACAAAGACCGUCAACCCAGUCAAAGAAUAGCAACUCGCCUGGGUCUUAUACCAUUCUCCUUCCGUGGAAAUGUGUUCUUCCCGUGUGGUACUCGUUGAUGUACUACCCGUUGUCAAGCGGUAAUAACCCCAGAUUUGGUGGCCUGAAGGAACAACAACAGCUUGCCUUUGAGACUGGCGAGCCUUGGUUCCCUGGUGACUUCCCUGGAACCCGCGCUGGUUGGGAAUGGGGCUUGCGUGAGCGAGAACUGGCCAAGCAGGAGUGGGAACGACGUCCGAAGGGACGAAGACAUGAAUUCGAUAGCCUCGAUCUUGGAAAUGGCCGAAAAGGCGAAAUUGGACGAGGCUGGGCGUGUGACUGGGAGCGACUUGUGCAGGGUUCGCCCAUGGACACUGCACAGGAUGUUGGCGAGAGGAAGCAGAAGAAGCAGACAAAAGCCGCCCCAACCAACGAUGAAGCCAACAAAGAAGAGAAUGUGGAUGUUCAUCCACCACUGAACAUCCACCACCUGCGGACACACGAGGCCGAGCUUGCAAUCAAUAGCCCCUCGGCCACCGUCGACAAAUCUGCCCUUGCUGCCGUUAGCAUAUCCCUCCUCACUCGCGGCACACCCAUUCCCAGGGCUCGGAUCUACCGUCUACCCACCACCAACCCAGAACUUCGUGAAAAAUGGCUCAGCCUCGUUCCCAAAAAUACAAAUGGUCCCAUACAGGGCCAAAAACAAGAACAAACACACCUUGACCUCUCCGGGGAAGACGCUCGUCAGCGUCUAGCGGCCUCUCUUAUCGCUCCUACAUCCGAUACAGACUCGACACGCGAGAACCUACCUCUUCCCUCAGAAGAAGACCUUAUUGGCUUCGUUACAACAGGCAAUUACAACCUCUCUGAAGGAAAGGGCACAGGAAUCGGCUCUAUUCUCUUGUCCAAGGCCAUUGAGGCGAAGCAUGGACCUUCUAAGGGCAAGAAAAAGGCUCGGGAGAUGAAAAUGUGUAUUAUCCGGGCUGCCGGUGAGAGACUUGGUAGAUUAGGGCUUUGGGAGGUUAUUUGA